GUGAGCCAGCCCCGCCCCUGCAUUGCCGGCUCACCUUUCGAAGAUGGCGGCGGUGGGGCCUGGGGGGGUCCUUGGGUGGGGCUGAACUCCGGCGUCUUGGCCAGGAAGACUUCCAGCACCCCGGCUACAAGGCCGGGCCCGGUCCGGAGAAGAGGGAAGGCUGCAAGGAGGGGGCGUCCCUCUCCUGUCUCUCCCGGUGGGAAGGAGGCCUCUCCGCCCCCAGCAUCAUGCUCCGUCGGGUUCUGGACCGGCCGUGCACCUUGGCCCUCCUCAUCGGCUUCCAGUUUGCCUUCAUGGCCUACUUCUCUCUGGGCGGCUUCCGGAACCUGGCCUCCUUCUUUGGGCACGAGGCCAGCCCCGCCUUCGACUACUCCCGCACCCACGACGUCUACACCAACCUCAGCCUCUUGCCCCAGCAGCCCUGGCCGGGCAGCGGACCCCUCCACGCCCUCCCUUUCUGCCCGGAGCGCUCGCCGUACCUCCUCGGUCCCCUGACGGUGAGCUUCAGCCGGGUGCCAACACUGGAGCAGAUUCAGGAGAAGAACCCGGCCGUGGCCCAAGGGGGCAGGUACCGCCCAGCUGCCUGCGAGUCUCGUUCCCGCACCGCCAUCAUCAUUCCGCACCGCAACCGGGAGACACACCUCCGCCACCUGCUGUACUACCUGCACCCCUUUCUUCAGCGGCAGCAGCUACAGUAUGGCAUCUACGUUGUCCAUCAGGCUGGGAAUGCCACUUUCAACCGAGCCAAGCUCCUGAAUGUGGGAGUGAAGGAGGCCUUGAAGGACGAGGAGUGGAACUGCCUCUUUGUCCACGACGUGGACCUCAUCCCAGAGAACGACCACAACCUCUACGUUUGUGACCCCUGGAGCCCUAAACACGUCUCCAUCGCCAUGAACAAGUUUGGCUACAACCUUCCCUAUUUGCAGUACUUUGGCGGUGUGUCGGCUCUCACUCCGGAGCAGUACCUGAAGAUCAAUGGCUUCCCCAAUGAAUACUGGGGCUGGGGUGGAGAGGACGACGACAUUGCCACCAGAGUGCGUCUGGCUGGCAUGAAGAUCGCCCGGCCUCCAGUUUCCAUCGGACACUAUAAGAUGGUGAGGCAUAAAGGAGACAAAGGCAAUGAGGAGAACCCACACAGGUUUGACCUCCUGAUUCGGACACACCGGGCCUGGACUCAGGACGGGAUGAACUCCCUGACCUACAAUCUCCUGUCCAAGGAGCUGCUCCCGCUUUACACCAACAUCACGGCUGACAUUGGCUCCAACCCGCGAGCUACCAAAGGCGGGAAGGACUCCUUGCCGGGCCUCCGAGUGAAGAACUUCCAGAGUGGGAGCAACCACGACUUCCGGGAGGAGAUGCUCCGCAAGACACCCUUUGCCAAGCUCUCCCAGGCCAUGGGUUGGGGGGAAGCGACCAUCCAAGCCCUGCUGGAUGCUGGGAAGAAAGAGAAGCCCAAAGCAGGGACAGAAUCCCCCAGUAACGUCAGGACGGGAUCCCCCAGUAACAUCAGGAUGGCAGUCAAGGAAGCACCAAAGCACACAGAAGAGGGUCGGGAAGAGAAGCAGCGGCUGGACUCGGGCUCUUCCAGGGAUUUGGUCGCAGCCACAACGCUCUGGAAGACGAGAAGCAAUCACACUGGUUGAAAGACCUUGGAUUGAAGGAAGGAAGUGGGCCCGAGCGCUCCGAGCCACAACCAGCCUCUAUGUCUAGACCCAAAUUAUUAGGCAUUGUGGAGACUCUCCUAAUGUGAAUUACGCACUUAUGGGCCUGGUUUGCCCAAUUUAGACGACAGAAAUCCCAUUGGGAAGGUACUCCCGUGUUUCCUUCUCUUUACUGGUGGGCUCCCUUUCGGCAAACAGGAAACGUUGAUUACGACUUCCUGCAAGAGAGGAAUCUUUUGUAAGCGGCUCAGGGUUGCAGUCACUCAUUGGUUCUCUAGAUUCACUUUAUUGAAGGGUGAUAAAGCGUGUGUGUGUGUGUUGCUGUGGAAUGGUGGGGUGUCCCAAAUGAGAUAAACAGCCCAUUGUAUGUGGAUGAAUUGGGGAACUAGGUUUCACACCAGCAGGGGUAUGUUGUUCCUGCAAAGGCCUGGACCUCAUCACAAACUGCCCUUUGCUUUAGAAAAGGAGGCCGGUUCUGGGCCUGGCUCCUACUACUGACAAAUUCCUUCACAGAGAGGACCAGAAAGGAUAUUAUGGAAUAACCAGACUGUUUUGGGCCCUUAGUUGGACUCCUCCCACCAGGCAAAUGGAUUUGGAGACGAAAGCAGGCCCUGAUCUUGGUUUUGCCUCUCCUUUCGCACUCCAUGGGCACAUCGGAGAGGAGAGAGGAUCCCUCAAUCAACCUGACUUCUGUGGAAGAGGCAAGGCCCCAAAUCCUUCCAAAGGCCCGUGCGGAUUCCACCAACCAGAGUGCAGUCCAAGCAAUGACUUCGGCAAAUGCGCUAGACCAGUACCGGCUGUGCCCCUGUUCAGUGCCUUUGGCUCCUUCGAACCAAGCCUGGUUUAAUGCUGGAACCUUAGCACCAGUGAGAAAUCCAUGCCAAGAUGAUGACUAGUUUGGAGCGUAAUCAUGUCCUUUUUUUCCCUCUUGAGCAAUAAUCUUUUGUCCUCAGAAAGUUGGUCACAUCAGUGCUGUAGACUCCGUUCCACGUCUGUGACGGUGACCACUCUUUGGGCUGGAAAAUGGUCACCCUGGACACUUAGGAGAUCUUGGAUUCAUAGGUCGCAAUCACUACGACUCCAAAAAUGCUGGAACGUAGGUUAACAGGAAUAGAAGUCGUACCUCUAUGGUGUUGGACACCUAACUAUGGUGUUGGGCACCUAACUACAAAAGUAUCUUGCUUAUCUGACAUUUAGGAAAUAUUGGGUUUAUAGGUCACAAUCACUACGACUCCAAAAAUGCUGGAAUGUAGAAGGUUAGCAGGAACAGAAGUCGUAGCUCUAUGGUGUUGGGCACCUAACUACAGAAGAGUCUCGCUUAUCCGACCUUUGCUUAUCCAACGUUUAGGAGGUAUUGGGAUUAUAGAUCACAAUCACCACCACUCCAAAAAUGCUGGAAAGUAGAGGGUUAGCAGGAACGGAAGUUGUAGCUCUAUGGUGUUGGGCACCUAACUACAGAAGAGUCUCGCUUAUCCGACCUUCGCUUAUCCAACGUUUAGGAGAUAAUGGGUUUAUAGGUUGCAAUGACUACCACUCCAAAAAUGCUGGAAAGUAGAGGGUUAGCAGGAACAGAAUUCAUAGCUCUAUGGUGUUGGGCACCUAACUACAGUAGAGUCUCGCUUAUCCGACCUUUGCUUAUCCAACAUUUAGAAGAUAUUGGGUUGAUAGGUCACAAUUACUACGACUCCAAAAAUGCUGGAAUGUAGAAGGUUAGCAGGAACAGAAGUCGUAGCUCUAUGGUGUUGGGCAGCUAACUACAGAAGAGUCUCGCUUAUCUGACAUUUAGAAUAUAUCAGAUUUUAGGUCACAAUAAUUACCACUCCAAAAAUGCUGGAAAGUAGAGGGUUAGCAGGAACGGAAGUCGUAGCUCUAUGGCGUUGGGCACCUAACUACAGAAGAGUCUCGCUUAUCCGACCUUAGCUUAUCCAAGAUUUAGGAUAUUGGGUUUAUAGAUCACAAUCACUACCACUCCAAAAAUGCUGGAAAGUAGAGGGUUAGCAGGAACGGAAGUCGUAGCUCUAUGGUGUUGGGCAGCUAACUACAGAAGAGUCGCGCUUAUCUGACCUUUGCUUAUCCAACAUUUAGAAGAUACUGGGUUUAUAGGUCACAAUCGCUACGACUCCAAAAAUGCUGGAAUGUAGGUUAGCAGGAACAGAAGUCGUAGCUCUAUGGUGUUGGGCACCUAACUACAGAAGAGUCUCACUUAUCCAACCUUUGCUUAUCCAACGUUUAGGAGGUAUUGGGUUUAUAGAUCACAAUCACCACCACUCCAAAAAUGCUGGAAAGUAGAGGGUUAGCAGGAACGGAAGUUGUAGCUCUAUAGUGUUGGGCAGCUAACUACAGAAGAGUCUCGCUUAUCCGACCUUAGCUUAUCCAACGUUUAGGAUAUAUUGGGUUUUAGGUCACAAUCACUACCACUCCAAAAAUGCAGGAACAUAAGUAGUAGCUCUAUGGCGUUGGGCACCUAACUACAGAAGAGUCUCGCUUAUCCGACCUUAGCUUAUCCAACAUUUAGGAUAUUGGGUUUAUAGAUCACAAUCACUACCACUCCAAAAAUGCUGGAAAGUAGAGGGUUAGCAGGAACAGAAGUAGUAGCUCUAUGGUGUUGGGCACCAAACUACAGAAGAGUCUCGCUUAUCUGACAUUUAGGAUAUAUUGGGUUUUAGGUCACAAUCACUACCACUCCAAAAAUGCAGGAACAUAAGUAGUAGCUCUAUGGCGUUGGGCACCUAACUACAGAAGAGUCUCGCUUAUCCGACCUUAGCUUAUCCAACAUUUAGGAGAUAUUGGGUUUAUAGAUCACAAUCACUGCGACUCCAAAAAUGCUGGAAAGUAGAGGGUUAGCAGGAACAGAAGUCGUAGCUCUAUGGGGUUGGGCACCUAACUACAGUAGAGUCUCGCUUAUCCGACCUUCGCUUAUCCAACAUUUAGGAGAUAUUGGGUUUAUAAGUCACAAUCACUGCGACUCCAAAAAUGCUGGAAAGUAGAGGGUUAGCAGGAACAAAAGUUGUAGCUCUAUGGUGUUGGGCACCUAACUACAGAAGAGUCUCGCUUAUCCGACCUUCGCUUAUCCAACGUUUAGGAGAUAAUGGGUUUAUAGGUUGCAAUCACUACUACUCCAGAAAUGCCUGAAAGUAGAGGGUUAGCAGGAACGGAAGUUGUAGCUCAAUGGUGUUGGGCACCAUAAGUAGAGUCUCGCUUAUCCGACAAUCCGUCUUAUCCGACGCCCCGUUUUCCUCCAGAAUUUCCCAUUCAAUUAGGGGAGUGCUCCUCAACUCUCUCUCCAUUCCCAAUCAGUGAAAAAGGCAAGACGAGGAGGGAGGAAAGGGGCAAAAGAGGCAGGACCGGAAGUGGAAGUGUCUUCCCUCCAUGAUUUCCAUGCUCCUCUUCCACAUCCAGGCACUUCCUGCUGGGCCCCUCUUGCCCCAAGGUGUUGCCUUGCCUUAACUCUUUGAUUUCCUGUUGUUAGUAUUCUAGGUGUCUAACGCCAUGUCGGACGGGUAACAGUAGGAGACUCGGUAUUAUCCAACAUUUUUGUUUAUCCGAUGUUAUGUUGGAUAAGCGAGACUACUGUAGCUACUUUCCAGCACCUCUUCCCCCAUAUUUUUGUCUUGGGGCUGGCCCCAGCCUGCCCUUUCCCUCCCAUCUGCGUCUCACAAUCUAGUUCUCUGUCAGUGGUGUGUAGCUAUUUAUUCUAUUUAUGGAGUUCUCUCUUGGUGUAGCUGCUGCUGUUCCCCAUCCUGUUUUUGAUAAUUGAUUUUUACAAAAAUAAAAUAGUGUCCUACAAGUCA